UUUGAGGCAGGAAAAAACUGGCACUGAGCACUAGCGCAGCUUGCUAACGUUUACUUGUGUUAACAGGUUAGCAAUUAGUCGCUAGUUGAGUGAGUUUUACAGAAAGGUGAAUUUUACCCAAGUGCCCAAACAUCUGGGUAUGUAGUCGAUCAGUGAAUGUGUAUGAAUGUGGAUUUUGGUGUAGGCAGGGACGGCAGCUACGGGGAUUAGCAGUAAAAUGCUCGCAUACCUUUAGGCGGCUUGCUACUUAUCUCAUAAACGGGCAUUCUGGAGUGUUUUGAGUCGGAAGAAUCUUCAUCAUUUAUACGUGGAUUCUAUUACAAGCCUGAAACCGGUGUAAGCAGUCGGGUAGUGAAGCGUUUUGAGUUAACAAGCUCGCUGGGUCGCCUGCAAGUACAAGGUUAGCUGCUUAAAACGAGCCACCUGGACCCGAGCACCAUCGCGAGAGGGCUAUGUCUUCAGCAGCCACCACGCCCCCGUCGGUGGACAAGGUGGACGGCUUCUCCAGGAAGUCGGUCAGGAAAGUCAGGCAGAAACGAGCACAGAGCUCAUCUCAGUUCAGAUCACAGGAUAAGCCCAUCGAGCUGGUGCAGCUGCCACUACUGAAAGAUGUUUCUGCACAGGAGCAACCAGAGUUGUUCCUCAAGAAGCUGCAGCAGUGCUGUACUCUAUUUGACUUCAUGGACACACUGUCUGAUCUUAAAAUGAAAGAGUACAAGCGAUCCACCCUUAAUGAGCUGGUGGACUACGUCACCGUCAGCCGGGGCUACCUUACUGAACAGACCUAUCCUGAGGUUGUCAAAAUGGUGUCCUACAAUGUUUUUCGGACUCUUCCACCUAGUGACAGUAAUGAGUUUGAUCCAGAGGAAGACGAGCCCACGCUGGAGGCCUCAUGGCCACAUUUACAGCUUGUUUAUGAGUUCUUCAUUCGCUUCUUGGAAAGUCAGGAAUUUCAGCCCAGCAUUGCCAAAAAAUACAUCGACCAGAAAUUUGUAUUACAGCUCUUGGAGCUGUUUGAUAGUGAGGACCCUCGUGAGAGGGAUUGCCUGAAGACAGUUCUGCACCGAAUCUACGGCAAGUUCCUCGGCCUCAGGGCCUUCAUCCGCAAACAGAUCAACAACAUUUUUCUUUGUUUUGUGUAUGAAACAGAACACUUCAAUGGAGUAGCUGAACUGCUGGAAAUUUUGGGAAGCAUCAUCAAUGGUUUUGCUCUCCCUCUCAAAGCUGAACACAAGCAGUUUCUGGUCAAAGUGCUGCUGCCUCUGCACACAGUGAAGAGCUUGUCUCUCUUCCAUGCCCAGCUGGCUUAUUGUAUUGUACAGUUUUUAGAGAAAGACCCCACAUUAACAGAACCUGUGAUCAGAGGCUUGUUAAAGUUCUGGCCAAAAACCUGCAGUCAAAAAGAGGUUAUGUUUCUUGGAGAGUUGGAGGAGAUUCUAGAUGUGAUUGAGCCGACUCAGUUUGUUAAGAUACAGGAUCCACUCUUCAAACAGAUUGCUAGAUGUGUGUCUAGCCCACAUUUUCAGGUGGCGGAGCGAGCGUUGUACUACUGGAACAAUGAGUACAUAAUGAGUCUGAUUGAGGAGAACUCUAGCGUCAUCCUGCCCAUCAUGUUUGCCAGUCUCUACAGGAUCUCCAAAGAGCACUGGAACCCGGCAAUAUCAGCUUUGAUCUACAAUGUGCUCAAAGCAUUCAUGGAGAUGAACAGCGCUUUGUUUGAUGAACUAGCUGCCAACUACAAAUCAGACAGGCAAAGGGAAAGGAAGAAGGACAAGGAGCGGGAGGAUCUUUGGAGGAAGCUGGAGGAGCUGGAGCUUAGACGGGGCAUCCAGAACAGUGAUGGUGUCAUUCCCACCUAACAUGGACCUUGCUCCGCCAUUCAAUGUGGCCCCAUCCAAUCCCUUUCUACUUUGCUACAGGGACCCUGCCCCCUCUUUGCUUCUCAUGCAACGUACUUUACUGCACACUCCCUCGUUCAUUUCCUCCCUUUCAACAGCACUGUAAAUAACCCUCUCCCUCUUACCUGUAUCAUGCUACUACACUGCAAAGAAGGAAAAAAAAAAAAAAAGAA